GUGAGUGAUCAUAACAGCACUGUAACUGAGAUGAAGACGUUGUGGAUUCUCUCCUUUUUCUUCGUUCAGACAGGAGUCCUGACGGCACCCAUACAUGUGUCUGGAACUAAAGGAGGAAAAGUGGAAUUAACAUGCCCAUAUCCAGAGCACCACAAAUACACACCAAAGUACUUCUGCCGGGAGCCGUGUGGGUGGAGUGAUGUUCUUAUCACAUCUGGUGACAGGGAUAAAAAGGGAAGAUAUUUAGCUGUGGACACCAUAAGUGCAAGGACUUUCUCAGUGAUCAUCUAUAAUCUGCGGUUGGCUGAUGCUGGAGUAUACUACUGUGGGCUUAGUCAGUGGGGGUCAGACACUAAAACCAAAGUGGUGCUGACGGUCAGUAAAGCUCCAACACCAGUGUCUCCUCCAUCCACCACUAAACCCCCCACCCAUCUACAGGAUACAACCAGCAGCACUGUACCCCCUACAGAUUCUUCAUUCAAAGAACAAAGAGAGAUUAUUCCUUCCACAGAAACACAGAGCAACCAAUCAGCUUCCUCCACCAUUCACUCAACAACACCCAGCAAUGAUCUACUUUAUGGAGAAGCUGUUGUCACCAUGGUGUGUGGGAUGAGUCAAGCUGUGCUGGUGUCCUGUGUGUUGCUGUCUCUGGUGAUUCUCUACAGGAAGAGAAUUGCUGCUGGUAAAACACAUGGUCUGACAUCAUCAGCAUCAGCAGCAGCAAAUCAAACCCCAGCUGCACCACCUCAGGCAGCAGAGGAUGCUGUUCAUGUGUAUGAUGAGAUGAUGGAGCUGACGGUCUAUGGUGCAGUGCAGUUCUAUUCUGAUCCACAGGGGGAGCCCUCUGACCCCUACAGUCUGGUCCAGCCCACAGCGCUCUCCCACAACAUGGACCACCUCAGGGGGCGGCCUGCGCAACAGGCAUCUCAUACGGACACCACUGGGGUCUACUCCAUCAUUGAGGGUUCACAACAGGCAUCUCAUACGGACACCACUGACGUCUACUCCAUCAUUGAGGGUUCACAACAGCCCCCCAGUGCAGACAGCAGUGACGUCUACUCCCUACUCGCCCCACAUUGAAACAAAGCCCCCUCCACUCUCCCCCAACACCUACAGCCGUCACCAGAGACCAGGGACCAGCAGUGGACUAACAUCAGCCUAGAGGUCUGCACCAGAGUCCUGCACGGGUCCAUUUUUUUAGACCCACCCCCGCCCGCACCCGAGAAGUUCAGCACCAGAUCCGACCCGUCACCUGUGGUGAUAUUAAAUUUAAAUCCGCACCCGCCCGGACCCGUUAAUAUUUUGCCCGUUACCCGACCCGUGCCCACGAUAAAUCGCACACAAGCUAAAAUUAUUCAAAUGAAUGUGCUUUAUUUUUUUUCUUGCACAAUUGAAGCACGUAAAGGGCGACCUUUUUUUUUUUUACAUUUUGCGUCAGGGAUAAACCUUACAACAACGACACAUAGCCCAAACAUUGCUGCAUCAGAACAUUAUUCUACAUAAAACGGACCUGUUAAUGAAACAAAGAGAACAAGAAAAAAACAACCUGAGCCUGCCACUAGCCAACUUUACCUUGACUUCAUCCAUUGUAGCCUACUCUCUUGCGCUCCAACUACGAGACGGUUUUUUUAAUGUUUUCACACAUAGGCCUAGAUGCAUCAAACAAAUAAUUCAAAAGUCGCAGUACUGAUGUGAUGGGUCAAAGGUCGUAUCGUUGACUAAAACACAUAUUUGCGAUGUGGUAAUGGUAAUUUAGAUAUACAAAUAUUUCACAUAUUUUUCAAUGAUGUUUUAUUUCUAUAGGCCUACUGUUUUGGUUCUCAUCGUAUCCGCCCGCAAGGAGUUCUUUUCCCGCCCGCAUACCCGCCCGUACAUUUUAGGGACGUCAUAAUUUACCCGUUUUAGCAACUUUUCUGCGGGUACC